GUUUGGGUCUGACCCUGGUGCCCAAGUUACCGGGCAGAGUGCACUGGAAGGGUUGGCUUUAGGGUGCUAGACAUUGCUAAAUUAUGAGAGGCGCUGCUGAAAGGUAGACUUCUCAUCUCUUUUGCGCCAGCACGCUUUUGCAAUCAUAGCUCUUUUUCUCUCUUUCUCUACCACACUCCCUCAGGAAUGGGUUCGUCAUUGUCCCAUGAUACAGUAUAUGCCUCACCAUUUCCACUAACACUUUUACACGGUCAACAAUGCUUCCUGUAUACUAUUUCUCUCCCGAUCUUCGGGUACCACACACCGGCUUCCCACACCCAGCGACUCUCGAGAAAUGCCUCACGCACCGAGGAUGAGGAUGAGUAUAAGUAUCCCUCUGCAAUAAUCCCUCACUCCAUUCGCUUGCUCGACAAUGCGUCUCCAAGUCUCCUCUUUACUGGCCUUGUUACCGUUUGUCUACGGUAAAACCCACAACUUUGAACUUAGCAUCGGGAACAAGAUUCUCGCCCCCGAUGGGUUUCCGCGCUCAGCUAUCGCGCCCAAUGGAACAUUUCCGGGACCUACGUUCAAAGUCAACAAAGGGGACGACGUGCAUAUCGUCACCACCAACGACUUGACGGACCCCGGGAUGAGAAGGAGUUUUUCGAUCCACUGGCACGGAUUUUUCCAAGCUCGCACCUCAGUUAUGGAUGGGCCUUCUUUCGUCAACCAGUGCCCCAUCCCCCCUAAUAACACCUUUGAUUAUGCGUUCAGUACUGCGCAACAAAGUGGAAACUACUGGUACCACUCGCAUCUAUCUACCCAAUACUGUGACGGGUUGCGCGGCGCCUUCAUAGUAUACGAUCCCAAUGAUCCUUUGAAGCACUUGUACGACGUCGAUGACGACAGCACCAUCAUCACGCUCGCGGACUGGUACCACGACCUUGCCCCGGACGCCCAGAACCGAUUUUUCCAGACUGGUACUGUUCCGAUUCCCGACUCCGGACUGAUCAACGGUGUCGGGCGGUUCAAUGGCGGGCCCUUAGUCCCCUACUCCGUCAUCACGGUCGAAAAGGGCAAACGCUACCGUCUGCGCCUCAUCCAGAUUGCAUGCCGGCCCUUCUUCACCUUUUCAAUUGACAACCAUAACAUUACUGCAAUGGAAUUUGAUGGGGUCGAGCAUGAUCCUGUCACGGUUCAGAACAUUGACAUAUAUGCUGCCCAACGCGUUUCUGUCAUCCUCCACGCGGACCAGCCGAUAGAUAAUUAUUGGAUUAGGGCUCCACCGACAGGUGGCGCGCCCGCCGGUAACCCCAACUUCAACCCCGACUUGACACGCGCGAUCCUGCGGUACAAAGGUGCACCGGACCAGGAGCCUACGACGAACAACACGCCCGGAAUCAAGUUGGACGAUGCUGACAUGCACCCAAUCGCGUCAGAACAUCCCGGAAAGCUUGGAAGCGGUCCUCCGGACGUUGCGUAUACUCUGAACAUCGCGCAACCCAACCCACCCUUCUUUGAUAUUAACGGGAUCAGCUACAUCUCACCCUCGGUACCGGUGCUGCUACAAAUCCUGAGUGGAGCGGGACAGCCGCAAGACUUUUUGCCUUCAGAACAAAUCUUCCUUCUGCCGCCCAACAAGACUAUUGAGAUAUCUAUCCCCGGGACUGGAGCACACCCGUUCCACUUGCACGGACACAACUUUGACGUCAUUCGGGUAUCCAAUUCGAAUGUGACCAACUUUGUAAACCCCCCUCGACGAGACGUGAUUCCCAUUAACGGGGGAAACACGACUUUCCGGUUCAUGAGCGACAAUCCGGGGGCUUGGUUCUUGCAUUGUCACAUUGACUGGCAUUUGGAAGCCGGUCUGGCUAUUGUGUUUGCGGAGAGUCCGGCUGACAAUAUUGAAGGACCGCAUUCACAGACUACGCCGCAGGAUUGGGAGACGUUGUGUCCAGAGUACGAUGCUUUGGAGCCGGAAUUCCAGUAGUUGAAGUACCGUAGGAAAUGAAAGAAAAUGAUUAUGCGUAUUUAUGCCGUAGUUGACAAAUGACUAGUGACUGCUGAUGCGGUUUACGGAGGUUAAUAACAAGGUUACUGCGAUGAGGUCAUGGAACAAAUUCCCAUGGAU